CCGUUGAAAGGCGCGCAUGUUUAACAUUCUCCCAUGUACUUUUGCUCAGUACAUCUAUCCAAGUCACAUCUUUCGCGCCAACAGUCCACCAAUUUUAUUGUUUUUAUUUAUUUAUUUUUUUUAAUUUCCCAGUGCACGCAACUGAGGAUCGCUUAUUAGUAAUCAAAAUACUAUUACUUUUAAGUGCAAUUAUUUUAUUCACCACAAGUGAAAGUGUUUUUAAAAGAAUAUAUAUAUGCAUAUAUAUAUUCUUUUUAACAUUCCACUAGGAUAUUUUUAAAUUUAUUUAAAAAAUAAAUUUGUGUGCUGUGUGAGCUCGUGUGAUUUGUGUAUCAUUUUUGGAGCUUGUGCCAAUUUUUUUUAUUUAUGGAUAACAAUAUUGUGUUAUGUUACUUAUGAUCUGUAAUUACAUAUAUUCGAGCGAGAAAAUAGUGUGAUAGAUAUAUUUAUUCGCUGAUGAGAUUUGCAGCCGAGUGAUUUUUUUAAGUGAUCGGAACAAGUGAUUGAGCAGACAAAUAAUGAGGUACGAUAUCGUACGGUGAAAAAUUGUUUUUUUGGUUUUUAUUAUUUUUUAAGUGUUUGAGUUUAUAUAUUUUUUUACAAAAUAUAUACAUGCAAGAGAAACUAAAUAUUAUAUAUACAUAUAUUUUGUGCGGUAAGCUUAAAAGCGCGUGUUUGCCGCGCGUGCUCUAGUUACCCUCGUGGGCUGAUAACAUUUUUGCCACCUGUGCCAAGUGGAUUACUAAUACUGACGUGGAUGAGAUAUUACCGCGGUCAUUUACGUCAAUAUGGAUACAAGAGAGCUGUCUAGAAUCAUGCAAUUUCUCUGGAUAAACAUAACAAUCUUGCUCUUGUGUAACGCUCUAUCACAAGUGCAAGCAGCCGAAGAAAGCCAAGUUGACACGCAAGAGGGCUCAACCGUGCUGCUCAGAUGCCGAUUUCAGAACGUCAAAGAAAAUGCCACGAGCUUCUGGUUAACUCACACUAACAAUGUGCACGACAAUGCGGCAAUCGAUGACAAGCCCCUGUCGCCAAAUUAUAGCGUCUACAUGAACCUUAAAGAGGGGCGUUAUGACUUGGAAAUUCGCAACGUAUCAUAUGAACGCAAUAAUGGUAAAUAUGAAUGUCGUAUCAAGAUGAGCGGAAGUGGGGAGAAUUUGUAUCACAAAAAUGUGACACUCACGGUACUGAGGGCACCGGGACCGCCAACUAUUUCACCGACUUCGACCCCAGCCACUGAGGGCAAACCUCUUCAGUUACACUGUAACACUAACGGAGGUAGCCCUGAACCCGAGGUAAAAUGGUAUCGUGACAACAGCGUACGACUUCUUCACACUGGUCGCACUCUUGAGAUUGUACCGACGAAAAAUGACAACGGAGCUAUUUUUCGGUGUGUUGUACGUAAUCGGGCUAUGCCUGACGGCGAAACACUGAAUGCGUCUGUGAGAUUAGACGUUGACUACUUUCCUCGUGUGACAGUUGGCCCGGAAAAUCCUCUAAAGGUCGAGGUAAACGGCAGAGCUGUUUUAAAAUGUAACGUUGAUUCAAAACCAGCAGUCGGUAUGGUUCGUUGGAUGAGAGAUGGAAGUUUUAUUGCGACCAGCUUUGAACACGUGAUACCACGAGUAGCGGUUCAAGAUGCCGGAAAGUAUACCUGUGAAGCGGACAACAAUAUUGGAAAAAGUGGUGAAGCAUCGCUGACCCUUGAUGUACUGUAUCCACCGACAGUUAAGAUAGAAGGUGACACAACGCGUAUUGCUGAGGUUGAAGAUACAAUAACAGUACACUGUCAUGUAUCCGCAAAUCCACUGGCAUCGAUUAUCGAGUGGACUCGUGAAGGACGACAGGAAUUCCGUGAAUCUGGACCUCUAUUGCGGCUGAAUCGCGUCACCGCUGAUCACGCUGGGAAUUAUACUUGUCAGGCGAUCAAUAUCAUACAUCCUACCGGUGGUGAGAGCAAGAAUUACUCAGCACAGGCACGGGUUAACAUUCGCAUACGUCACAAACCAGGACCGGCUAGAGUAACUCCAGACUCGCCGGUUGCGGUCGAAAAUACGCGAGUUAUACUCACAUGUAUGGCUAGCCCCGCUGGUUAUCCAGAACCUCAGUACAAAUGGUGGAAGGAGGGAGAUGAUCAGGGUCUACAGCUGCCUAUUGAGACAACUGGACCGCAGUUUAUCAUACCUUCAGUCCAUCUAGGUCAUGACGGUACAUACAAAUGUCAUGCACUCAAUGAAAUUGGUACAGGCGAAGCUGCUUCUAUCAAACUUACUGUCACUCAGCCACCCAAAAUUCUCACUAAAUUACAGCCCCACGUCACAAGAAAAGUCGGGGAAUCAUCUUUCUCAGUGGUGUGUGUCGCUCAAGGUAAACCAGUGCCCUCAGUCCGUUGGUUGAAAGACGAAGAGGAUCUCACUGCGGAUGUGAGUCUAUACAAAGUAGAAACGCGACACUCAAAAGGUCACGGCAAUGUUAUAACUGUUAAUUCAACUCUGAGUUUCCUCGGACACGCGCGUCCUCAAACUGACAAAAUAAUUGCGAGCGAUCGUGGCAAGUACACAUGUGUAUUCAGCAAUGACGUUAAAAGAGUCGAGUCCCAGAUGAUGUUAAAGGUCGAACAUGCGCCAAUAGCUUUGCACAAGCACAACAAAGUUGCCUACAAUUUGCGGGAAACCGCUGAAGUAAUGUGCAAAGUACAGGCUUGGCCAAAGCCCGAGUUCCAAUGGAAAUAUGGAUCUAACUCGGCGCCCCUUCAGGGCUCGUCCAGUGACGGACAUUACGAGAUAGGGACAAUACUCGAAAAUGACGAUAUUUAUACCUCGGUAUUGAAGAUAACGGGUAUCAAGGAAACAGAUUACAAUAACUACAGCUGUCAUGCGAUAAAUGCCCAGGGUGUUACUACCUCCGUAAUUACGCUGCAACCCAAAGGCGCACCAGAGAAACCAACAGAUCUCACAGCUUUGGAGAUCGGACCAACUUAUGUGGCAUUACAGUGGGAAAUUGGUUUUGACGGCGGUCUUGAGAUCACUAAAUACUUCGUGUCUUAUCGGCGCAUACCCAGCGAGGAUGAAACAAUUGCACCAGACUGCGCAUCCCCACGUAGUCCAGCUGGCCAAUGGCUGGAGCGCGAUUGUCGGCGUGCUAAUCCCUGCAAUAUUACAGACCUUGAGCAACAUCAAAAGUACACAUUCAAAGUAAAAGCGUACAAUACUAAAAACCACUCUGAUUAUUCAGACGAAAAAACGUUUGUCACAACGGUCGCUAAAAUCCCUGCACCAAAUCGCGUUACAUUUGAUCCCGAGAGCAAUAAUCUUGUAAUAAAUGUCGGGCCGACUUGUCUCGCUGUGGUAGCAUCUAUUGAACGGUUGGACAGUGGACCAAACGACCUCUGGAAAAUAGUAGACGAGUGGCUGCUCGAAGUUCUAGGCAGUUCAGCCACUACCAAAGAUGGAAUGCUCAAUGACCCAGAUAUGUCCAAUACGGGAUCACGUCUCAGAGUAAGACUUUGUUUGCAAUCUGACAAACAAAAAUGCGGCGAUUGGACUGAAGCUGAAGUUGGACCGUCUUUAGUUCAAGCAAAUGCAAUAGCAACGCCAACAUUGAUCGCGAUAGUAGUCAGUGGCGCAGUGUUCCUUCUUUUUGCAGCUCUGUUACUUUUAUUCUUCCGAUGCAAAAGAAAGCACACGGCCAAAGCCAAAGACUACGAAAUGGAUUCCAACGCGGUACGACCAAGUUUGGUCACUGGAAAUGGACAGCAGACCCAAGCCCCGCCACCGUACUAUGCCGAGAACAAGGCACUCGAGCAUAGUCUAGAUCGAGCUCUCGCUAUGGAGGACUCUAAAACACCUGCUUACGCUCAACCGGCUUAUAAUUGGCGUCAGCCCAAUCACAUCAAUGGUGAAAACGGUGUCAACAUGGGCUACUUGGACAACAGCUAUUCCAAUUCAAAUAACGGUGGCUCCGUAAACUCCCAGGACUCUAUUUGGCAGAUGAAGUCAGCCGCGGCCAAUGGCGCUAAUCCCCCUUACGAUCUUGGCGGAUACGCUGCUACUGAGUCUGACUACCCGGCCCACCCACACUAUCUUCCGCAGCGUGAGGAUUACCGCGAGAACCACAACCUAAGCAGACAACAAUUCUGUGCCGAGCCCUAUCCCAAUGUGGUCAAGUCUCAGAAACAUGUCGAUUCGCCGUAUGACGUGUCUGGGUUGCCUUAUCAAGAAGCGUACGACGAGGACGCAAAGCCGCCCCAACAGGUGAGCCUCUCUUACGACGAGAGUCUCGAAUCCGGAUACUCAACUCCCAACGGCCGACGGCCGAGAAUAAUAAGGGAGAUAAUUGUCUGAGAUCAGCCUACUGGCU